AUGCUGGCGGCGGCGGCGGCGGCGGCGGCGGCUUCUUGGGCCGGCCUGGCUCUCCUCUGGGCGGCGGGCGGCUGCGCGGGGGAAGCGGCGGCGGGCGGCUACCGGAGGAGGGUCUCUCUGGAGUACAAUCCAGGCUGGGCCAGCUCGGGUGUAAAUCUUCUACACACUCGAGCGGUGGGCGUCAACGACACACUUCACUACAUCUGGAGCACCAUCGGGGUCCCCACGGUGUUGUUGGUGUAUACCGCGAGCGACAACAGUUCCCUUCGUGUCAACUGGACCCGGCUUCUGUCCUCUUCUCCGGCUGGAGCCAUCCGGAUCGAACCGGCUGACAGUGUCUUGUAUUCCACAGCGGUGGUCUUUCCAAGGCUGUGGGAAUACGACGGCAGCGACACGUCGAACCUCUCCCUGGUCAAGGCGUGGCAGAUCUACCCCAGCUACAACCUGGCUAACUUCACCUGGGCCAGCCUGGAUGGGCGGCUGAACGAAACGGCCCUCAGCGCCGACUUCCAAGGCUCCGGCCCCGAAGGCGCCUUCGGGAACGGAAGCGUCUCUUUCAAGGUGACGGCGUACGAGUCGGACAAUCGCGACGGGCCUCUCCCGCGCCUUCUGCACAGUGCCAACAGCUCCAAGGUGGAAUUCACCAUGGAGAGGGUAGCGCCCCGGGGGAACCACUCCCGCUUUGCCCUGGAGAUCCUGGCGGUCGAGGAGGGAAGCCGGGGGAAGCAGCUGCAGUCGGCCCGUUCCAUCGAUGACGAAUACACCCCCACUAUUUUUGAGAUGGCUCAGCUGAUCUCCGAGCCCCACAACCACAGCUGGGGCUCCAGCUUCCUGCAGUGGAAGACGGCCGCCUACAGCUCUAAAACCCCCCAUCGGGAAGACACCGUCCACUGUCAGUAUUACCCCCUCCAGACGGUCCGCAACCUCAGUUCCGAGUUCAGGAUUCUCCAGGCUUACUUCGGGGAGGACGUCGAGCGACGCUGUAGCCUGUCUGCCCUCAAUAUCUCCUUUGGCGGCGAGGACAAUGAAGCCUACAAAGAAAAGGGCUACUUGAGCUGGUGA